AUGGCAAGGACACGAUCAACGAAGCCCUCGACGGCGGCUUCGGCAACAGAUUCCGACUCGACCAAGUCAAAAUCGACAAUAGCCCUCGUCUCUCACGCCGGCGAGGCCCCCAAAGUCUUCAUUCUCCCUUCAACGGCUACUUCAGGCGCUCGAAUUGUCACACUCCCCAAUCCACGAAGCUCACAGCCGUCGCGAUACCUUGCUUGUCCCGAAACCGGCAUCUAUGAAUUCACAAAAAUAGCGACGCCAAAAUCAGUGCCGCGAAGCUGGCUCAUCGAAGCCGCGCCGGCCUCUAAUGGAGCCGAAACCGGCAACCAAGGCGCAAACCCAAGCGCGCAGGUAACCAUGGGAUCAGAGCUCUUUGUGGCAACAGCCAUUGAUCCCCUCUUCUUGGUGCUGCCAGCGCUGGCCGACGCCCAGCCAUCGAAGGGAUCAGACGAAGUGAAGCGGCUGUUCCUAUCUAGUGAUGACCAUUUGGAUAAACUGCCACAGGAGAGUUCACAUUUGUCUGAGAUUAUGCGCUGGGAUACUACACGGCGACUAGUAGAAAGUCGAAUGGGUGCAAUUUGCGACACUGUCGAGGCUGGAGAUGAAUCCAUGUUUCGCCUGAACGAGAAGAAACUUGUGGACGCCAUCUUCCAAAAGGCCAAGAGAAUGAGCGAGAGCGGCUUGCCGCCGAGCAUGGAGGAGAAGUUUGUGAAAAAGGUUCUCCAAGCACCGAUGAUGCACAGAGUGGUGCGAACGGGAGAGAGCCAGCUGAGCAGCAACAGCGAUGUAGGAUCAGGAUCUUCUACGCCACAGACGGAUUUGGCAACAUCUCAGUCUACAAUAUCAACCACGGAGACUAGCGACACAGCAGUUUCUCAAGCAAGUACAGCUGCGACAUCAGUUGCUGAGGAACCGGCAGAGGAGAAUUUUGCCAGUGCUUUACAAGCUUCGCCAGAAGUUGUUGAGCAGCAAAGACUAAAAGUAGCAUUUGAGUUUAUCUGCUCCAGCUACGUAGCUCCCGUAUUGGCUGAUAAACUCCAGAAAUCAUUUUCUGGAGCAGGUGGCCUUAAAGACUUCUCUCUUCUAAAUGAUUACAUCGCUAGUCUUGAGAAACUGCGGUCGGAAACCAUGGCAGUGAGAGCACAAGACUACGGACGCAAGAGAAACCAAGAUGAACUAGAUGACGAGGCUCGGAUGGAGAAGAAGCGGAAGCUGGAAGAGGAAAAGAAGAAGAAAGCAAGCGAAAGCCGUGGAGUCCGCGACCUCAAAAAGGUUAACACGAGCGGUAUGAAGAAGCUAAGUCACUUCUUUCAGAAGAAAUAG